AUGGUUAGUCACCUGAUAACGGGAUCAGGUGCAAAUUACAACACUGCUUGGGAAUUACUGGCACGCAGAUAUGAUAACGUGCGCAAACAAUUUUACGAGCAGCUCAAAAUGGAACUCAAAACCUCAGAAAUGGAGAAGGCACAAACAAGUCUCUCCGAUUACCAAGCUUUUGCUAAAGAAAAAUUCGCAGCACUCGAGUCACAACUGGAAGCACAAGCUGUGGAACAUAAGCGUACACUCGAUUCGUAUCGCUUAGAAAUUGAUAACAAACUCUCACAAAAGCAACAACAACUCUAUGAAGCCACAGAACGCGAACAUAACUUGAAUGAACGAGUGCAAGCGCUGACAAAGGAACUCAAUGAGCUUAGAGCUUCCAAUGAGAUCAGGGAACGCGAGUUACGUGACAAGUUAAAUCUGUCACAGGAUGAGAUUUCGGUUUUACGAUACUCACAGCACAGCUUUAACGAGAGCCUGGAUCGCAGCAGUGGCAUUAGUUCGCCACGCAAUUCCUGUAUGUCGGAACUGGCGCGUCUGCAAAGUGAAGCGGAUAGUUUGCAUUGUGUGUUGGAGUUAAAACAGAAGGAGAUUUCCAAGUUGACUAAACAUAAUGAGGAGCUAAUGCGUGAUGCUGAGGAACGUGGCGUUUUGCAGAGCAAAAUAUCUUUGCUUGAAUCAAACAAUGAGAUGUUGAAGUCAGAGCUGAAUAUCAAGUCGGAGAAGGAGAAGAACUUUCUUCGUAAAAUCAAUGACAAAACAAAAGAGCAAAAGGAAUCUUGGAGAGCUACCACGGGAAAAAAAGACGUUAACAGGUAUUUUAUUGCCCGGGAGAGUCCUCACUUCGGAGGAAGUAGAGAGGCUGGUUAUAUUAUUACAGAUACAACAAUGGAUCUAGGCCCGAUCAUUGAAGAUGGAGGUAUGACAGCGGAAGAAGCAGCACUGAAUCUAAGGGCCAAGAAGAAACGGAUGGGAUGUCUACCAAUCAUACACAUACAACAAUUACCGAAAGGCGAAGAAGAGAAGGAGGAAGAGGAGAAUACUAAGGUACGAAAAAAGAAGCGUCACAUCAAAGGUACACCGUCGUCCGAUGUGAAAGAUGAAAAGUCAGCAGGAUACCGUUGUAACGAAUUAGCAGAAAUAGUGAUGAACAAACUAAUUCAACAUAGAAAGGCUCGUAGUCAUCGUGAACGUCACUUAGUUGGCGAACAUGACACGAUCACAAACUGUAAGUUACUUUUGCCGCCCGGGAGAAUGUUCAAAAUUGAACAUGUCACACAACAUGUGCCCUUGAAAGCAAUACCAUACCAUGUAGCAUAA